CUCUCUCAACAGAACGGAUAAUAUCUUCCCAGGGAUUAUUGUAAAGUGUGUAGGGACAUUAAUGGUGUUAUUUCAGUAUAGUGAAUGACAGUUAAACACUCAGAUCUAACAGUCCAUUUCACCUGGGACAGGGGUCAGUGCUCUGAAAUGAGUCUCUCUGGGGAGAAAGAGGAGGGGGAUCCUGUCUCUAAAAUGAGACUCUCUGGGGGACAUGACACCAAAGCCAAGAGUCCAAUCAAGCAGGAGAGACCAGCCUCCCCUGUGCCCAGCUGUGUGUCCAUGAAGAGUGACCGGUCUAUGGGUGCACCUAUAAAGUUUAGAGAGGGAGACUUUUCUCUGAAACAAAGAUGUUUUGUCCCCAGAAACCAACAGAAGAGAUCAGAGUCAGAGAUUCUCAGUGGUCAGUCUUCCCAGAGUCAUCAAACAGACCUGGCCUCUAUAUUCAGUUUGCUUGAAGAGAAUAUUAUCACAUUUAUGAAGAACGAGCUGAAGAGGUUCAAGAGGAUUCUUAGUCCAGAACUCCCACAAGGCUUUGAGAGUCAGAAGCAGGAAGUGGUGGAUGCUGAAGAUGAGAAGCAGGAGAGCAGUGCCAGAGAGGGGGCUCUGAAGAUCACACUGCACGUCCUGAGGAAAAUGAACCAGAAGGAGCUUGCUGACACACUGGAGAAAAAUGAGCUUGCUGUGAUUUGCCAACGUGAACUCAAAUCUCAUCUAAAGAAGAAGUUUCAAUGUGUAUUUGAGGGGAUCGCUAAACAAGGAAACCCAACACUUCUCAAUAAGAUCUACACAGAGCUCUACAUCACAGAGGGUGGAACAGGAGAGGUCAAUAAUGAACAUGAGCUGAGACAGAUUGAGACAACAACCAGGAAACAAGCAAGACCAGAGACUGCAAUCAAAUGUAACAACAUCUUCAAACCCUUAACUGGACAAGACAAACCUAUCAGAACUGUGCUGACAAAGGGAGUCGCUGGCAUUGGAAAAACAGUCUCUGUGCAGAAGUUCAUUCUGGACUGGGCUGAAGGAAAAGCAAAUCAGGAUGUCCAAUUUGUUUUUUCAUUCCCUUUUCGGGAGCUGAAUUUGAUGAAAGAGGACAAACACACUUUGAUUGAACUUCUCAACCACUUCUCAAUGGAAACCAAAGAAUCAAGAAUUUCCAACUACGACAAGCACAAAGUUCUGUUCAUAUUUGAUGGUCUGGAUGAGUGCCGACUGCCCCUAGACUUCCAGAAGAACAAAAUAUGUUGUGACGUCACAAAGUCAACCUCAGUGGAUGUUCUGCUGACAAAUCUCAUCAAGGGAAACCUGCUUCCCUCUGCUCUCCUCUGGAUAACUACCCGACCUGCAGCAGCCAAUAAGAUCCCUUCAGAGUGUGUUGACCAGGUGACAGAGGUACGAGGGUUCAAUGACCCACAGAAGGAGGAGUACUUCAGGAAGAGAUUCAGUGAUGAGGACCUGGCCAGCAGAUUCAUCUCACACAUAAAGGCAUCAAGGAGCCUCCACAUCAUGUGCCACAUUCCAGUCUUCUGUUGGAUUUCUGCAACAGUCCUUGAACACAUACUGAAACAUAAGAGAGAAGAGGUGCCAAAGAGUCUGACUGAGAUGUACACACACCUUCUGGUGUUUCAUACCAAACAGAAGAAUGAAAAGUAUCUUGGGAAAGAAGAGACAGGUCCAGACUGGAAUAAAGAGAGCAUUCUGUCACUGGGAAAACUGGCUUUUCAACAGCUUGUCAAGGGCAAUCUGAUUUUCUAUGAAGAAGACCUGAAAGAGGCUGGCAUUGAUGUCAAUGAAGCCUCAGUGUACUCAGGAUUGUGCACACAGCUCUUUAAAGAGGAAUGUGGGCUGUACCAGGACAAUGUGUACUGCUUCGUGCAUCUGAGCAUUCAGGAGUUUCUGGCUGCUGUAUAUGUGUUCCUUUCAUUCAGCAACAACAAUGAGAAUCUAAUGGCCGAACCUCAAUCAACGUCCAGGAACUUUUUUGCGCUGUUCAGAAACAAGCCUGAAGUUACUUUCUACAAGAGUGCUGUGGAUGAAGCCUUACAAAGUGAGACGGGAAACCUGGACCUUUUCCUCCGCUUCCUUCUGGGCCUCUCACUGGAGUCCAAUCAGAAGCACUUACGAGGUCUACUGACAAAGACAAGAAGCAGCUCACAGAGCCAUGAAGAAACAGUCAAGUACAUCAAGGAGAAGAUCAGGGAGAAUCCCUCUCCAGAGAGGUGCAUCAAUCUGUUCCACUGUCUGAAUGAACUUAAUGACCAUUCUCUAGUGGAGGAGAUCCAACGCUACCUGAGAUCAGGAAGUCUGUCAGAAGCCAAACUGUCACAUGCACAGUGGUCAGCUCUGGUCUUUGUGUUGCUGACUUCAGAAAAGGAGCUGGAAGUGUUUGACUUGAAGAAAUACUCCAGAUCAGAGGAAGGUCUUCUGAGGCUGCUGCCAGUGGUCAAAGCCUCCAGAGCUGCUCUGCUGUCAGGCUGUGGAGUCACGGACAAAGGCUGUGCUUCUCUGGUCUCAGCUCUGAAGUCAAACCCCUCACACCUGAGAGAGCUGGAUCUGAGUAACAAUGACCUGAAGGAUUCAGGAGUGAAGCUGCUCUCUGCUGGACUGGGGAAUCCCCACUGUAAACUGGAGACUCUGAGGCUGUCAGGCUGUCUAGUCACAGAGGAAGGCUGUGCUUCUCUGGUCUCAGCUCUGAGGUCAAACCCCUCACACCUGAGAGAGCUGGACCUGAGCUACAAUCACCCAGGAGACUCAGGAGUCAGACUGCUCUCUGCUGGACUGGAGGAUCCACACUGCAGACUGGAGAAACUCAAUGUGGAACAUGGUGGAGAGUACGCAAUGAAACCUGGCCUUAGAAAAUAUGCCUGUGAUCCCACACUGGACCCAAACACAGCACACAGACUCCUCUCUCUGACUGAGGAUAACAGAAAGGUGACACGUAGCAGGGAGACACAACCGUAUCCUGAUCACCAGGACAGAUUUGAGGUCUGGCAGCAAGUGCUGUGUAGAGAGGGUCUGACUGGGCGCUGUUACUGGGAGGUAGAGGGGAGUGGGGGAUUGGCUGACAUUGGAGUGACAUAUAAAGGAAUCAGCAGGAGAGGAAGGGGUAAUGACUGUGUUAUUGGAUCCAAUGACAAGUCCUGGAGUCUGUUCUUUUCUGACAAAAGAUACAAUGCCAGGCACAAUAAUGCUCACAUUACCUUAGACGUCCCCCUCCAGUCCCACAGAGUAGGAGUGUAUCUGGACUGGCCAGCCGGCACUCUGUCCUUCUACAGAGUCUCCUCUGACACACUGACCCACCUGCACACAUUCUACACCACAUUCACUGAGCCCCUCUAUCCAGGGUUUAGGGUUUAUGAUGUUACCUCCUCAGUGUCCCUGUGUCAGGUGGUCCCUGUGUCAAACACAACAUGAUGUUUCACUCUAAUCAUGUGUUUUAUGUUUGAUCACAAUAUGACAUUUAAAUACAUGGAGGAACACACACACCAGUUUGGACCAGUUUAUUCCUGGAAAUAAUAACCAUGGUAACUCUGUGUCAAUGGACACACACACUCGCACACUGGACACACAAUAACACACACUGGACAAACUGGACACACAAUAACACACACUGGAUAUAUAUAGAUAUAACAGAAGCUAAUAGAACCAGGACACUUUGUCAGAAGAUAUAACAGAAGGUAAUAGAACCAGGACACUUUGUCAGAAGAUAUAACAGAAGCUAAUAGAACCAGGACACUUUGUCAGAAGAUAUAACAGAAGCUAAUAGAACCAGGACACUCUGUCAGAAGAUAUAACAGAAGCUAAUAGAACCAGGACUCUUUGUCAGAAGAUAUAACAGAAGCUAAUAGAACCAGGACACUUUGUCACAAGAUAUAACAGAAGCUAAUAGAACCAGGACACUUUGUCAGAAGAUAUAACAGAAGGUAAUAGAACCAGGACACUUUGUCACAAGAUAUAACAGAAGCUAAUAGAACCAGGACACUCUGUCAGAAGAUAUAACAGAAGCUAAUAGAACCAGGACACUUUGUCACAAGAUAUAACAGAAGCUAAUAGAACCAGGACACUUUGUCAGAAGAUAUAACAGAAGCUAAUAGAACCAGGACACUUUGUCACAAGAUAUAACAGAAGCUAAUAGAACCAGGACACUCUGUCAGAAGAUAUAACAGAAGCUAAUAGAACCAGGACACUUUGUCACAAGAUAUAACAGAAGCUAAUAGAACCAGGACACUCUGUCAGAAGAUAUAACAGAAGCUAAUAGAACCAGGACACUCUGUCAGAAGAUAUAACAGAAGCUAAUAGAACCAGGACACUUUGUCACAAGAUAUAACAGAAGCUAAUAGAACCAGGACACUGUCAGAAGAUAUAACAGAAGCUAAUAGAACCAGGACACUCUGUCAGAAGAUAUAACAGAAGCUAAUAGAACCAGGACACUUUGUCACAAGAUAUAACAGAAGCUAAUAGAACCAGGACACUUUGUCAGAAGAUAUAACAGAAGCUAAUAGAACCAGGACACUUUGUCAGAAGAUAUAACAGAAGCUAAUAGAACCAGGACACUGUCACAAGAUAUAACAGAAGCUAAUAGAACCAGGACACUUUGUCACAAGAUAUAACAGAAGCUAAUAGAACCAGGACACUUUGUCAGAAGAUAUAACAGAAGCUAAUAGAACCAGGACACUUUGUCAGAAGAUAUAACAGAAGCUAAUAGAACCAGGACACUUUGUCACAAGAUAUAACAGAAGCUAAUAGAACCAGGACACUCUGUCAGAAGACAUAACAGAUACUACUAAGCCUGAUUUCAGUCUGAACUCAUCUUUGACCAAAUGUGUAGCAGCAGUUUGCAAUUGUAUGUCAGAAUAGCUGUGCACAUAAUCCUUAUACCUCUUCAUGGACUACAGUUGAACAUUGUCUUGUUUUAGGGUGUGAACUGGUAUGGUCUGAUAUGAAUUACAGCAGUUAUUUUAACAAUGCUGGUUAUAAAUAUUGUUGACCUUCAUCCAUGGAGACCUUGACUUGCAUUACACUCGCUGCAGAAAAACAUUUUCAUGAAAUCAUGUGACUUCUAGCUAGAGAAAAUGAUUCCUAUAAACGUGCCCUGAUACAAGCAAGAAACAAGUUAUCGAUGAAACAGAAUGUGACAUAUCUGUUUGAUAGUUCACACAUUCAUCAGUCAGGGUUACUAUCUUGUCAUGUUUUUGACUAACCACAGUGGAACAUUCUAGUCUUUAAGGACAUUAACUGGCAGAACAGAUUUCAGCAAAGUAUGGUGUCAUUGUUUUCAGGAAGGUGUGCCCAUGGUCUUUAUACUGCGGUACAAAGGCAAAGAGCAGUUCACGUAAACAGCGAAUCUGAUAAAAACUGCAUUAAAGUAAGUUUUUUUGUCCAUGCAUAUCAACCAUGACCACUGAUCUGACCUAUGACCCCUAAAAUACAGAUACGGCACUCGGCCUUUGUAUGACCUUAAACAGCUGUAUGGGUAAUGCAAAAGCAAAGUAGAGUAUCUAGAAAUGUAAAUGUGUUGAUCCAACAUUUAGUUGUUUUUCUGUUUGAUUUGAACAGUUUGAGUUCUAACUACAUUCCAACUGUAUUUAAUGGUGUUUUGUAGUUGUGUUUUCAUGUUUUGACUGAUGUAUUGUAGUAACCCUCAACUGUAUUAAUGGUGUUUUGUACAUAGUUGUGUUUUCAUGUUUUGACUGAUGUAUUGUAGUAACCCUCAAGCUGUUUUUAGCCAUAAGGUUAUUUAAUCACGGAGAAUGUUCAUACUUAAUAAAUAUGUGAUUUUGUAUUACUA